GGAAAAAUGGCGAAACUCUUCAAGAACUCCUUGCUGCAGGCUCAUUCGAGAUAUCAGCUCUUGGCCACUUUGAUUGUGAACAUCAUAACCUUUGGCCAUGGAUUUGGAGUGGGCUGGCUUUCGCCGACCCUGACCAAAAUUCAGACUCCGGAUUCCCCUUUGGAUUUCAAAGUGAACAUCGAUGAAAUUUCCUGGAUGGGGUCCAUGUUGGGAUUGGGCGCCUUGUGUGGCAAUCUGGUUAUAGCCGUUUUACUAGAGAGAGCUGGCAGGAAAUGGUGCAUUUACCUGUUGGCAGCACCCUAUGCAUGCCUCUGGAUAUUUAUAUACAGUGCAUCCAAUAUUUACUUCCUGUACGCAGCCAGAUUUCUGUGUGGUUUCACAUCAGGAGCAGCAUACGUGGUGGUGCCAAUUUUCAUCAGUGAAGUGGCCGAUUCGAACAUUCGAGGUGCUCUGACUUCCAUGGUGAUGUUGUCCGUUGAUUUCGGAGUGCUGGCUGGGUUUGUACUCAGCACCUAUUUGUCCUACUACGUCGUACCUAUCUUGGGCCUAAUAGUGCCUGUGUCCUACUUCAUCGCCAGUCUUAUGUUGCCAGAAACGCCUCCUUAUCUGCUCAAGCGAAGCCAGCUUGGUGCGGCUGAGAAGUCCUUCAGAUAUUACAAGAACCAAAGGGACGGAUCGUCAAAAGAGGAGUUUGAGGAGCUGAGAACCAUUGUUCUUGCCCAGCAAUCGAACAAUCCCAGUGGCCUUAGCUAUAAAGAUUUGAUUACCAAACCCGCCUUAAAGGGUUUCAGUGCUACUGCUGUUCUCUGCACUGGAUUCCAGUUCAGUGGCAUUUUCAGCUUCAUCAACUACUCCUCAGAGAUAUUCGAGAGAUCCGGAUCCGUCAUAGAUCCGAACACCUGCACAAUCAUCAUUGGAGUGGUGCAGAUCAUUGGGGUUUACACCUCAACCAUUUUCGUGGACAUCGUGGGAAGACGACUCCUGAUGCUGCUCUCGUCCUUCGGAGUGGGAAUCGGUUGCAUUGCCUUCGGAUUAUUCACUUACCUUGCUCAGAUUUAUGAUCUAUCAGAUUACCAUUGGCUUCCCCUGCUUCUUAUGGUUUUUAUUUUGUACGUGGCCAAUGCGGGAUUGGUGGGACUGUUUUUCCUGGUAAUCGUGGAGGCGUUUCCCUCCAAGAUUCGCUCCUUUGGCACUUCGGUAUCUGUGAUCUUGAUGAGCAUCAUGGUGUUCUUCACCCUGAAGUUGUUCCCCCUGAUGCUGCACUUUUGGGGUGUUCCGUGGACCAUGUGGUUCUCAGCCACAUCCAGUUUGCUGACCUUCACCUACUUCCUCUUUUUCCUGGCGGAAACCAAGGGAAAAUCCAUGGUUGAAGAACUACAGGCCGUCGCAAUUGUGUCUAAACUCUGGACUGCGACUGACAUUCCCACGGCUAAAAUGGCAGGCAUUUCAAGGAACUCGUUGCUGCAGCAAAAGUCACGUUAUCAGCUUUUGGCCACGAUAAUUGUGAACAUAAUUACCUUUGGCCACGGAGUGGGAGUGGGGUGGCUUUCACCGACACUUACCAAAAUCCAAACUGCCGACUCUCCCCUGGACUUCGAGGUCAAUCUCGCGGAGAUUUCCUGGCUGGGUUCCAUGUUGGGGUUGGGAAGCCUGUGCGGAAAUUUAACCAUUGCUUUCCUGAUUGAAAGAGCUGGAAGGAAGUUCUGCCUUUACUUAAUGGCUGGACCUUAUGCGUGCAUUUGGAUCUUAAUCUACUGCGCCUCGAAUGUGUACUUCCUUUAUGUAGCCAGGUUCUUUUGUGGAUUUACCGGAGGUGCGGGUUACGUGGUAGUUCCCAUUUUCAUCAGCGAAAUAGCCGACACCGACAUUCGAGGUGCCCUGACAUCGAUGGUGAUGCUAUCUGUCGAUUUGGGAAUACUGGUUGGUUAUAUACUGAGCACUUAUCUGGCCUAUCACGUCGUACCCUUCUUGGCCAUUAUCUUGCCAGUGGCUUACUUUAUUGCCAAUAUAAUGUUACCCGAAACAGCUCCGUAUCUGCUGAAACGAAGCAAACUUGCAGCGGCUGAGAAAUCGUUUAGAUACUAUAGAAACCAGAGAGAUGUAAUCUGCGAGCAAUCAUCCAAGGAAAACUUCGAGGAGCUUCGCUCAGCUGUUCUUUCUCAGCAGACCAGGCACUCCGCUCCUUUGAGUUACAAGGAUCUCAUUACAAAGGAAGCUUUGAAAGGCUUUGCUGCCUCCGUCGUCCUCAGUUUGGGCUACCAGUUCAGUGGCGUUUUCAGCUUCAUCAACUACAUGUCCGAUAUCUUCAAGGCCUCUGGUUCGAUUGUGGAUGUCAACACGGCCACCAUUAUCAUAGGAAUAGUUCAGAUCGUGGGGGUUUACACCUCGACAAUCUUAGUGGACAUAGUGGGCAGAAGGGUUCUGAUGCUGAUCUCCACAUUGGGAGUGGGAAUCGGUUGCGCUGCCUUUGGCAUCUUUACCUACUUUGCAGAGACAUAUGAUCUCAGCGAUUAUAAUUGGCUUCCUCUGGUGAUCAUGAUCAUCAUCUGUUAUGUGGCGAAUAUCGGACUGAUCGGAAUCUUUUUCCUGGUGCUCGUAGAGCUCUUUCCUGCGAAGAUUCGAUCCUUGGCCACAUCGCUCUCUGUGAUAUUCUUGAGUCUUUUGGUCUUCGGCACCCUAAAAUUAUUUCCCCUGAUGCUGCACUACUGGGGCAUAUCAUACACCAUGUGGUUCUCCGCCGCCUCAGCUCUACUCACUUUUCUCUAUUUCUGGCUGUUUCUGCAGGAGACCAAAGGAAAGUCCAUGAUCGAGGAUUAAUAUAUCGUACUUAAGAGCAAAGAAAUUUUAUUAAAAUGAAGCUGUUUAAAGGAUAUGCAAAAGAGUAAGUAAAAUUUAAUACUUUCAGUUGUUUAUCCAAGUUUCAAACCACUCCUUAAAAAAAAAAAAAAAAGCCUUAAGUUUUUUAAUUGUACUUUCAACUGGAAUCUGAAGAAAUUGAUUUAAAAAUUUGUCAAAAAUAAUUAAUUUCUCAAUAUUAAAUUUAUUUUUAAAGCAAAAAGAAAA